AUGCAUAGCAAAAAAAGUGAGGAACUUAUAAAAAAAUUUUUUUUUGAAAAAGGACUAGCUAGACAGCACAUUGAAUCAUUCAAUUAUUUUAUUAACCAUGAAAUUGCAAGUAUAGUAAAAGCUAAUGAUAUUGUAGAUUCAGAUAUUGAUCAUACAUUUUACUUAAAAUAUACUGACGUAAGGAUAAGUGUACCAAGCUUGGAAGAAAAUAUGAUAAAGCAUACUUUGUAUCCAAUGGAGUGUAGACUUAGAGACCUUACUUAUGCAAGUAAUUUAUAUGUAGAUAUAGAAUACGUAAGAAACAAACAAAUUAUUAGAAAAAAGGACGUAUUUAUUGGAAGAAUUCCUAUUAUGUUACAAAGUGAUAAAUGUUUACUAAAAAGUAAAAAUAACGAACAAAAGCUAAGCGAGGAGUCGCUUAAUGCUAAUUUAUUUUUUUCACAGGAAUGUCCUUAUGAUAUCGGUGGAUAUUUUAUAAUAAAAGGAAUUGAAAAGGUUAUUUUAAUUCAGGAGCAAUUAUCUAAAAAUAGAAUAAUAAUUGAGGAUGGUCCAAAAGGGUUUUUUUCAUCUAUGACAAGUUCUACACAUGAACAAAAAAGCAAAACUUCUGUCAUUUACAAAAAUGAUUGUUAUUAUUUGGUAAAUUCUUCUUUUUCUGAAGAUAUUCCUGUAGUAGCAAUAAUUAAGGCAUGCAAUAUGAUUUCUGAUAAAGAAAUUGUGGAAUGCAUUGGUAAAGAGUUUGCAGAUCAAAUUGUUUUAAGUUUUGAAGAAAUUUAUAAGCAUAAAAUACAUACUUCUAAAGAAGCAGCUUUGUAUCUUGCGGGUUUUAUAAAAAUGAAACCUGACGCUAAUAAAUUAGAAGAAGUCAGAAAUGUAAUUGUAGAGAAAAUUUUACCUAAUGUUAAAUUUGACGGUGUGGAUUUAAGAAAUAAGGGAAUUAUGAUCUGUUUAAUGGUUAGAAGGUUAAUUUUUACACAAAAAAAUAUCAUCACAGAAGAGGAUAAAGAUUUUAUUGGUAAUAAACGAUUUGAACUGGCAGGUCAACUGCUUUCGAUCUUAUUUGAAGAUUCAUUUAAAAAGUUUAAUUGGGAACUAAAACGUUCGAUUGAUAAAAUAUUGACUAAACGAUUGAGGGCGCAAGAAUUUGAUGCAUUAACAUUCUUUAAUUUACAAACCAAUAUUAUUACAACAAGUAUGCAAAGAGCUAUAUCUUCAGGUAAUUGGAAUCUCAGAAGAUUUAGAAUGGAUAGAAGUGGUGUGACACAUGUUUUAAUAAGACAUUCAUAUAUAAGUGCUGUGGGAAUGAUGACAAAAGUUAAUUCUCACUUUGAAAAGACUCGUAAAGUUAGCGGACCCAGGGCGUUGCAUACAUCCUCGUGGGGAAUGUUUUGCCCGGCUGAUACCCCCGAAGGAGAAUCAUGUGGUUUAGUUAAAAAUUUAUCUCUUUUGGCUGAAGUCACUACAGACAGUGAUCUUGAUACUAUAAUAUAUAUAUUAAGUUCUUUAGGUGUUAUACAAACAGGUGUAUUGUAUACACGUGAAAUGGUUAGUGAUGAAAUGUAUUUAGUUUUUUUGAAUGGUGAUAUAUUCGGUGUAACGCAAAAUUGUUUUGGUUUGGUUAAAAAUUUUAGAAAUUAUAGAAGAAAAGGAGUUAUUAAUAAGUAUGUAUCAAUUUAUAUUGAUGAAAAUCUUAAAAGCGUUAAUAUUGCAGCAGAUAAUGGUAGAUUGUGCAGACCUCUUAUCAUUAUUACUGAUGAGGUUCGUCAGAAUUUAAAAAAAGGCCUAUUUGUUAUAAGUGACCUAGAAAUGAAAUAUAAAUCUUUUGAUGAUCUUGUAGAAGAUGGACGUAUUGAGUAUUUAGACGCCAAUGAAGAAAAUGAUGCACUUAUUGCAUUAAAAAUAGAAGAUAUUUCUGAUAAAACUACCCAUUUAGAGAUUGCAGAUUUUGCUAUAUUAGGAUAUGUUGCAGGAUUAAUUCCAUUUCCAAAUCACAAUCAAAGUCCCAGAAAUACAUACCAGUGCGCAAUGGGUAAGCAAGCAAUAGGUUAUAUUGCAUUAAAUAGUAAAAAAAGGUUUGAUGGCAUAUCUUUACAGCUUUGUAAUACACAGAAACCAUUAACGACGACACAAAUAUUAAAUAUUACAGAUUAUAAUGAAAUACCAGCUGGUCAAAAUGCUAUGGUAGCCGUUAUGAGUUACUCGGGAUAUGAUAUAGAAGACGCCCUAAUUAUAAAUAAAGAUUCCCUUGACCGGGGAUUUGCGCGUACUGAGGUGUACAAAACACACUGCUAUGUUUUAAAAAAAUAUUCAGACAAUCGAUCUGAUGUUAUUUUACCGGAUAUAAAAAAUCCAAUUCUAGAUAAGGAUGGCAUUGGUAAACCUGGAGAACUGCUGUUAGAAGGUACGGUUUACAUAAAUAAAAAUUCGCCGUGUGAAAAUGGCUAUAAAUUUACUGGUGGGGUACAUAAAGGCAAUCCUGCUUUCAUUGAUAGAGUAUUAAUAACUAAAUCUGAAGAUCAAACUCUUAUUAAAAUUUGUUUAAGACAAACAAGAGUCCCAGAAAUAGGAGAUAAAUUUAGUAGUAGACAUGGUCAAAAAGGAGUAGUUGGGUUAAUUGUACCGCAGAUAAAUAUGCCUUUUACUGAUUCCGGGCUAGUACCUGAUAUUAUUAUGAACCCACAUGGGUUUCCUUCUAGAAUGACAGUCGGCAAAAUAAUUGAACUACUUACUGGGAAGGCUGGGAUUAUAGAAGGUAAGAUUUCUGAUGCUACAAUUUUUAAGAAAAAUGAAGUGGAUCUUGUGUGUGAUAUAUUGUCAAACAAUGGAUUUAAUUUUGGAGGAAAGGAUUGUUUCUAUAGUGGAAUAUCUGGUGAACCUAUUUAUGCUUAUAUUUUUUAUGGACCUGUGUUUUAUCAAAGACUUAAACACAUGGUAGCUGAUAAAAUUCAUAUGAGGGCAAGAGGCCCUAGAGCAAUUUUAACUCGUCAGCCCACUGAAGGUAGAAGUAGAGACGGAGGAUUAAGAUUGGGAGAAAUGGAAAGAGAUUGUUUAAUUGGUUAUGGCGCAUCAUCUUUAAUUGUAGAAAGGCUUAUGGAAUCUUCUGACUUAUUUGAAACAUUCUGUUGUAAGAAUUGUGGUAUUUUAGUCCCGAAAAAUGGAUGUAAUGUGUGUAACGAUACGAACCCUUUGCCUAUUCGACUUCCUUAUGCUUGUAAACUUCUUUUUCAAGAGUUAAUGUCAAUGAAUAUCUUACCCAAAUUAAAUGUUAACAAUUAA